AUGCUUUCAACAACAUCACUACGGCAAUAUGCCAUCCUCGCAGCAGGCAUCUUCAGUCUAGGAGCUUUCCAGCCCGUCCUCGGCGCACCAGUAGACGCUCUCUACGUCGUCGGCCGAGACGACAAGGUCCUCACGCCCAAGAUCAACACCGACUUCCCAGACCCGGCCCUCGUCCAGGGCGACGACGGGCUCUGGUACUCCUUCGCGACCAACGGCAACGGCAAGAACAUCCAGGUCGCGAAAGCCACGCAGAUCUCCGGCUCCUGGGAGCUCCUCGACAACGACGCCCUCCCCAACGUCGGCUGGGCCACGGGGUCCAACACCUGGGCGCCCGACGUGCGGAGGCUCGACAACGGCAGCUUCAUCAUGUACUACUCUGGUGAAGUCAAGGACGGCGGCGGCCGGCACUGCAUCGGCGUGGGCAUUUCUGAUAUUGUCACGGGCCCUUACAAGCCGACGUCGGAGCCGUGGGUGUGUCCGUUUGACCAGGGCGGCGCCAUCGACGCUGCCGGGUACUACGACGAGCCGACCAAGAAGCGCUACGUGGUGUACAAGGUGGACGGCAACAACGUCGGCAACGGGGGCGACUGCAACAACGGCGUCGAGCCGCUCGUGGACACGCCCAUCAUGCUCCAGGAGGUCGAGGCGGACGGCAUCAGUAAAGUCGGCGACCCGGUGCAGAUCCUCAGCCGGACGGCGGCCGACGGCCCCCUGGUGGAGGCGCCGGACCUGGUGCGCACCGAGGACGGGCUCUUCUGCUUCAACUCGAACAACUACAACGUCAACUACGCGACCAGCAGGAACAUCAAGGGCCCCUACCAGCGGCCGUCGAGGAUGCUGCUCAAGACGGGCGACUUCAACCUCACGGCGCCCGGCGGCGCGACGAGCGUUGCUGGGGGCGGGCAGAUGCUGUUUCACGGCAACUGUCCCGAGACUUCGCCUCAGCGGUGCAUGUAUCAGACGAGUUAUUCGGUUACCGGCAGAGAUGUCAUCAUCAGUUAA